GGGGCGGGCCGGGACGCCGGCGCGUCGGUGCCGACGGUCUCCAGGCGGGAGUGAGGAGGAGGAGGAGGAGGAGAGCUCCUCUGGCCUGUUGUGCAGCCUGUGGGAAAGGGCAAGCUGGUGACCUUCCUCUGCUCCAGUUAUAACCUUUUUUAAAGGACUUCUUAACACCCUGCAUGGCAAACAAAACAGGAAUGCUAUCAGCUGGGAAAGUUGCACUUUUAUCAUCUCUCCAUUGGGUCAAAGUGGAUAGAACAGCUGGAAAAGAGUGCUGCUCACCUCUGAGAUCCACAGACAGGAUUCCCAAACUGUUUUGUUGAAGACAUCUGAAGCAGCAGAGCCCAGUUAUCUUACUGCUCCCAGCUUUGGAUGCAGGUUUCCAAGAGCUUCUCUGGAUGCCUAACUUGAUGGUUUUGCCAAAAAGGUUCCAGUGGUCAGAAUGACUGUAUAAGCCCUAUAUCUUUGGUACGAGCCAGAUCUUCACCAAAUCCAAAUAGAUCUGAAGUACUUGGAAGAUGAGUGUUCUCCUUAUUGAAGCUUUUUAUGGAGGCUCCCACAAACAGCUGAUGGAUCUUCUCCAGGAGGAGCUACAAGAGGACUGUGUCCUCUGUACACUCCCUGCCAAGAAGUGGCAUUGGAAAGCACGGACUGCUGCUCUUUAUUUCAUGCAAACAGUGCCCACAAGUACUAAUUACAGGAUCCUCUUUGCAAGCUCGGUGCUUAACCUGGCUGAACUCUCUGCCCUCCGCCCUGACCUUGCCAAAUUGAAAAAGGUCCUCUACUUCCACGAGAACCAGUUGGUGUAUCCUAUCCAGAAAUGCCAGGAAAGGGAUUUUCAGUAUGGAUACAACCAGAUUCUUUCAUGUUUGGUUGCUGAUGUCGUGGUGUUCAACUCUGCUUUUAAUAUGGAAUCAUUUCUUACAUCCAUUGGGAAAUUUAUGAAGCUGAUUCCUGACCACAGACCUAAGGAUUUGGAGAAAAUAAUCAGACCGAAGUGCCAAGUUCUUUAUUUUCCAGUCAGGUUUCCUGAUGUGAGCAGGUUCAUGCCAGAACAUAAGGUGGCCCGUUUGGAAAAGGCAUUUGGUGUUAAAAGAAAUGGAGAUGCUUAUCAAUUGGAGGAUCUGUCCAGCCAGCAGAAGAGCAGAGCUUUGGGAGGUUUAAUGAAAAACAGCAACGUGCAUCUUGAGUCUGGACUUUGUGAAGCCCAGCCUGGACUUUGUACCACACAGCACGACGGGCUGCCUUCCCCAUUGACAGCACUGGUGAGACUGGCUGAUUCUGAAGCAUCAGAAAGUACAGCCCUUUGUCAAGAAGAAGAUAAGCAACAUCUGACUUUUAACCUCUCUAAUAUCUUGAGUGGACUGGACUAUCAGCAGAGACCCUUGCACAUCGUUUGGCCUCACAGGUGGGAGCACGACAAAGAUCCUGAAACUUUCUUUAAAGUCCUGCUGAAACUGAAAGAGAAAGAUCUACCUUUUCAUGUGUCCGUCCUUGGAGAGACUUUCACUGAAAUUCCAGAUAUCUUUUCAGAGGCCAAAAAAGCACUGGGGUCUUGUGUCUUGCACUGGGGCUACUUACCCAGCAAAGAUGACUAUUUCCAGGCUCUCUGCUCGGCCGAUGUCGUCAUCUCGACAGCUAAACACGAGUUCUUCGGUGUGGCAAUGGUUGAAGCUGUAUAUUGUGGCUGUUACCCGCUGUGUCCCAAAGCCCUGGUUUACCCAGAGAUAUUUCCAGCUGAAUAUCUGUAUUCUACACCUGAACAGCUUUUUAAAAGGCUUCAGAAUUUCUGCAAGAGACCAGAUAUUGUAAGGAAACAUCUCUAUAAGGGCGAGACGGAUGGGUUUUCUUGGGCAGCACUCGGCGGUAAAUUCAGGUCUCUGCUUGCAGCAGAACCGAGGGAAGAUUUGUGACAGAUGGGGCUAAGUCACAAACUUGCAGCCUCAGGCAGAAUUGUGGAAGUUUCCAGAGUGUGCCCAUAUUUACCUGAUCAGAGAGAAAAGAAAAUCUGCAGAGGAAGCCGAGCCUGGCUGCUUGUCAUAGCUGACACAGAGCCAUCUGCCACAAACCUGUGGCGGCUUCAGAUCUCCAAUCCCUGCCACCACCCCAGCUCAAAUUAAAUACAGAUUCUUAGAGACGUUAUGAUGGUUACACAUGUCCUCGGCAUCACAUGCAGGAGACUGUUCAAAAAAAAAUAUGUGGCCUGUUGUAUAACCGCACUCAUGUAUCCCAUAUGUGGUGCCACAUUGAAUUUCCGGUUGAAUCUGUUUUCAUCCUUUGUACUGGAUGACAUGGUGCCUGAAUUCUUUCUUUUUGCCGACACGAUGGCAGCCAAGCUGCAGCUUCAAAAGCUCACACUUGGCUGAGUUUCUACCUAGGUUGCCAGGUUAUCAUUGGAGCCUUAUUGUGUCCUCAAAGGGCCACAGGGCCUGAAAGGAGGAUCCAAACGCUGCCGGACUAAUUGGGCAGCCAUCUUUGGGUUGUUUGGAGGCAAAGGGCUGCUUUAGCAUUUUUCUUUUCUUUUUCUUUUCCUUUUUUUUUUUUUUUCUUUUCUUUUUUUUUUUUUUUUUCAAAUUAAUGACUCUCUGGCACAGGGGUUUUUAAGUGAAGGUAUUAAUAAGGGGUCUGGCAGGUAAUCCCAUGAUUCGCGGAGUUACAUUUGCAUUUAAUUAAUCUUAAAGAAAGCUGAAAGAUAAACAGCUGUAAUUCAAACUAGCAUGGGAAAUAUGCUACAUGGUGCCAUCUAUCCGAUAAAAUGAAAGCCGAGACACUUGUUUUAUUUCUCACAAGGAUGGAGAACAAACAGAUAACAGUCAAAAUACUUCCAAUAAAAACCAGUAGUUUAAAUGUAACGGCAGUUCAUCAAGAAUCUUCGCAUCCAGUUACAAAUACAGUCUUUUAAAGAUAAAUCACUUAUGAUUCCAGCAGUCAAGCUGCUAUAUUUGUUGAUGUAAAAUGUUUUGAAGAUGGAGAUUGUACAAUAAAUUUUUAAUAAAGUGCCCACUGCAAUUUUUAAUUAGCAUAUCUCAUUCAUGUAUAAGUGUGUACAUCUAUCUGUAUGUUUAUCACUAUGCAUAUCCUUGUGUCAGAGUCAAUGAAUGCAAUUGUGUCUUUAUCUGAUGAAGUAGAAUCUGUUUUGCAAGUGAUAAUAAAACGUUAUGACAAUUCCAA